GCUGAACUCUGACCGGUCUCACUCGGGCUUCAUCGAACAUGCGCGUAGUCGCAAGGCCUUUUCCAUCCCCAUUGACGUAGGAAGUGGUGCCGUGACACACGCCUCCGUCUCACAGAUCGCUCGGAAAUGCAUAGGGCUGUAGCACAGUGCCGAAGCUGUGAAUUCCGAGAUUGGCCCUAAAGAUGGAGGAAACUGCGCGGCUCGAGAAGUUCGAGAUCACAGACUCACGACUGGAGCACAAUGACUGGCUAUUCCCAUCCACGCUCAAGACACGGCCAUUGAGAAAGCUCGAAGAAGAGGAUUUCCUUACCAACCACAAAAUCGACAGAAGCUACGACGAUAGCACAGUGCGUUUCAAGCUGCUUGUCGCAAAUGCUGUCAGCGCCAAUCUGGUCGACACCAGUAAGCUGCCAUUUCAGCCCGAGGUGGUGGAGACUGUCAAGCAGCAAGGAUGGAUCUCAGAUGAAUAUGAACAUUUGUGGCGCCGCGACGAAGGAGGUUCGGCGGCCUUGACCAGUCAUGGCAUCCUCACUUUUAUCCUGCAGACUCCUCGAGAUGGAAAGUCGUUCUGCUCGCUGUCGCUGGUCAAUCGCGAGCGCACCCAUUGCGGAGGGUUGUUCGUGGCAGACGAGAGCUAUGCCUUGAACAAGCUGUUGGCCUCUCAGCAGUACUUGAACAAGCAUCCCAAGGUGCCACGAGAUUUUGCCAUCUUGCCAUUCCAGAUCCUCAUGCACCAUGUAGAGGAGACGCUGGGCCAGGUCCGCGAUUUGUCUCGCCAAUUGACGAACACCGAGCGCCGUCUCUCAGAUGGAAGGAUCUCCUUGGAUGACAAUGGUGACUACAAACUUCUGAACAGGUUCAAUCUGGAGCAUGUGCGCCUUCAAAGGAGAUCCAACUUCGAGCUUGAGCUUGGUAACAAUCUGGUCAAGUAUGUCGAUGCAUAUCAGCGACUCUGGACACAUUUGUGGGAAGGUGGGACGGGAUAUCUCGAGGACAUGCGAGAGAAGAUCGAGCAGCAGAUGCGAUAUUCCGAGCAAGUGCAGAAAGAUCUCGACAUGAUGCCUCGCAGGAUCGACAACCAGUCGCAAGCGAUUUUCAAUUAUCGCGCACAGCGCGACAAUCAGAUCAAUCUCCAGGUUGCUGAGAGUUCUCGGAAGAUUGCAGAAGAGUCCCGGCUCGAUAAUUUGCUCAACGUGAAGCUUGCGCGUGUCACCGCCCAGAUGGCGGAAGAGACGCGGCAGGAUAGCGCAGCGAUGAAGACGAUCGCUACCAUGACGCUUAUUUUUCUCCCAGAGUUUCUUCGGCAUGGAGGGAAUGUUCAACUGGAUGCCAUCGGACAGCUCAUCACUUGCUUCGCCCUACCUGUACAUAUUUUUCGUGGUGACGAUCCCACUCACCUUGGCAGUGUACGGUCUCUGGCUGUGGUGGUUCCGUCGGAUGGAGAAGGAGUACAAGAAGAAUGCACCAAUUUUAAAUUUCGACAUGUUUGAGCAGGAAGUUGCAAAGCGGAUGCGGACGGCGACGAAUUCGUGGUCAUUCGAGAAGCAGGCAACGGUUGCAGCGUCGCCACAGCAGGCAUGACAUGACAUAUAGAUUGUAGAAGGCGGUCAGAACGAUAUUGGUUGCACUUGCUCCUUUCUCGUUCUCCUGCCCGGGUUGCAGUGCCUGCAAAAAGCGAAUGCCCGUCGUGCCUCGUUUCACCAUGUUGUUGCACGGCACAGCAGAGUUUUCAACGUGGCCCAAAUAUAUGCCUUUCAUAAGAAAUCAGUCCCGGUGUUCGUCGGAGAACCAUGUUGACCGCGCGUGUCUCUUGGCCACUGUUUCUUGA